GAUUCCACUUAGCGAAUAGCGCGAUAUCAGUGAGAAACAUGUAUCACGCAAACAAUAACUUGUAAUUCAAAAUAAUCGUGACAGUAUUAUCAUAAAUAAAUGAUUAAUCACGAAAAGGGUGUUUAUAAAUUAUCGCAAGUAAUAAUUAAUCUCGGUAGAUGAUGAAUUCGCGAGUAGUAUACACACUAUUAGUAUUAAUACUGUCGUGCAUAAUUUACAAAGUUUAUCUUAUUGAAGUGAACCCAGAGGAAUUCUCAGUGGCGUCUUGCAGUCUGAGGAUUGACGCGAAUCCUUCAGCAUUGUUUGGCUUUGUCACUCAAACAGCCGUCCUGGAAAAGCUGGCGCCCUGGCUAACGAGACUCGCGGACGCCGAUGCCAGAAAUGUCGGAGUUGGAAAAUUCUACCGGGCUUUUUCAAAGCUCAUCCUCGAUAAAAAUAUAUUUUCAGACGAGGGUAAAAUUCAUCUGAUGAUCACAGAAUACAAAGCAGGAAAAUAUUUAGCUCUCGAAACGGAAGAUCAGUUUUAUAGACAACGGAUUGAAAUAAAAACAAAAUUUUAUCACGAUCUAACUAUUCUUUCAACUACAGUGUACUCACGUAAAACUUCUCUACUCUUUCAUAGCACUGUCGGACAAGUACUGCGGUGGCAAGUUCAAAAACAUCUCGACAAAUCACUCAAACAUGUAUCAAUUAUUUACAAGUCUCUUCAGAAUGAACUACAGAUUUAUUCUGUGUGAAUAAAAUUAUUAAAAUUAAGAAUGUAAAUAAUUUUUAAUAAAUAAAUUUUCUUUAAAAUAAA